GUGACCAUCAGGGUUCUCAUUGUCAACCCCGUGCUGCUACUCCAUACACUUCUGGAUAGUACUCGAUAAGACCGCGAUAUGCAUUUGCCGACAAGAGAUCUAAAACAAAAACAACAACAACAACAACAACAACAACAACAACAACAACAACCGCAGUGAUGAGCAGCGCGCAGGAACCUCUUAUUUCGGCCUCGGAGCGGGUAGAUGCUGGUGGGGAUCAUGAUGAACAACAAGGCGAUGAAGCCGGCCGUCUCGAAUCCGGGAAAGCGAUCCCCGCGGCGCCGAGUUGGUUUAUCUGGCUGUUGACCUUGUCGGCGGGGAUAUCAGGGUUGCUGUUUGGUUACGACACAGGCGUCAUAUCAUCUACUCUCGUCUCCCUCGGCGAGUCCCUCUCCAACCGACCGCUUAACUCCCUCGACAAGUCACUCAUCACCGCUUCCACCUCCCUCUUCGCGCUUUUGGUCUCGCCGUUCUCGUCGGUUCUUGCCGAUAGUCUCGGAAGGAAAAGAGUAAUACUCGUGGCAGAUGUGCUGUUUGUUCUGGGAGCCGGGGUGCAAGCAGCAUGCUCAACAGUUUGGGUGAUGGUGGUUGGGAGGAGUAUCGUUGGUAUGGCGGUGGGAGCAGCAAGCUUCGUCGUGCCGCUAUACAUUGCUGAGCUGGCCCCGGCGGAACACAGAGGGAGGUUGGUGACCAUGAACGUUAUCUUCAUUACAUUGGGCCAGGUCGUUGCGUACAUUGUUGGAUAUGGAUUUGGGGAAUAUGGGCACCCAGAGACCGCGUGGAGAUGGAUGGUUGGCUUGGGAGGAUUGCCAGCAGUGGUGCAGCUUUUCAUGAUGACGGUUAUGCCCGAAACACCGAGAUGGUUGGUCAUGGUGGGGAGGGGAUUGGAAGCUAGGGGUGUCGUUGAGAAAGUUGCUGGCGGAAAGGUUGCUGCCCGCGAUGUCGAUGCUACGGUCAAAAGCAUCGAGAUCGAAGUUAGGGAAGAACAAGAUGCAAGACGGCUGCGAAGAAGGAGAGGUGAUAGCAAGGCCGGCUGGGCCGAAGGUUUCGACGAGCUGUUCAACAUCAGGAGAAAUAAGAGGGCGUUGGCGAUCGCUUGCUUAUUGCAGGGCUUACAGCAAUUGUGUGGUUUUAACUCGCUCAUGUACUUCUCGGCGACCAUCUUCGAGAUGCUCGGCUUCCCGAUCCCGACUCUUACCUCCCUUGUCGUGGCAGUCACCAACUUCGCGUUUACCUUGGUGGCUCUUCUCAUCAUCGACCGCAUUGGAAGAAGACGCAUCCUUCUCUGGUCUAUUCCAUGGAUGGUGUUUGGGCUACUCCUUGCUGCCUUUGGCUUCUUUCUGAGCGGAGUCACAGAUAGCGAUGCGCCCGGAUCUCCAGUCGUCAUCCUGAUCAGUAUCAUGAUAUAUGUGGCAGGCUAUGCGAUUGGCCUCGGAAACGUCCCAUGGAUGCAGAGCGAGUUGUUUGCCCUCAACGUGCGGUCGCUGGGAAGCGGCAUAGCAACGGCCACAAACUGGGGCGCCAACUUUGUCAUUGGCCUGACCUUUUUGAUGUUGAUGGACUUGUUGGGCCCGCCGCUGACGUUUACUCUAUACGCCUUGAUCUGCAUUGGAGGGUACGUGUUGAUCUGGAUAUUCUACCCAGAGACAGCCGGCUUAUCUCUCGAAGACGCUGCCUCGCUGUUGGAAGAUGACAAUUGGGGUGUGAGGUGAUUUGAGGUGAGGUGAGGUGAGAUACAGCCUCACAGUGGAGACAAACCGAACGGCUGGCGCCAUCUAGAACCAUCGUGACGCACCCAUGCAAGCCACUCCAGCGGGAAGUGAGCAGCAGAAAAAAGCUUGACGUCCAUCCGAGAUGGAUCCCCUCACGGCCCGAAGGGCAGGGUUCCUGAUUGCGCAGAAGAGUCCGCAACAUCGUGAACUCACCUCGAACUGCAAGGCUACCGGCGGCUAGAAUCGGCAAUUGGCGGGAU